GCCGCUGCGAUUCUUUCCAGGAAGUAGAAUUGUUGCCAAGUGUAACGCGAGCGUCUCCGCACUGAUUUGGCAGAACGCGUCGAUGGUAAACCUCUGUCCUCGUCGGCUGCCAUGUCGGAUUCCGUGGACAGGUCCACGAAGAUUAGCCUGUUGAAGGAGCCGGUGGUGAAGCGCGUGUGCGACGCGUUGGACAAGUCCAGCGACAGAGGAUGGCGGCGGCUCGGGGAGAUCGUCGGCGGCGAGAGGCGGCUGCGCGUCAGUUCAAACGACAUGGAGAUGUGCUCUCUGAAGGUGUUGGAGCUGGAGGGCAGCCCGAGCCGCAUGCUGCUGAGGCUGAUGGGAGAGCGAGGCUGCACCACGGGCCACCUGAUGGACUACCUCGUAACCCUCGGCAACACGGAGGCCGUGCAAUGCCUGAAGACAUCAGCCUUGCAGAUUCUCAUUCAGCCCCAGUCACUGGCUCUUAUAUCUGGGCACAAUCUGCGGCUGAGCUGCCACGCUGUGGGCAAGUCUCCAGUACAGUACCAGUGGUUCAAGAGACACGAAGAGGUGCCAAACUGCUCUUCUCCCGAUCUGGUGAUAAGUCCUGUCCACCUGAAGGACGCUGGCUUUUACAUCUGCAGGGUCAACUGUGGAGAUACGUUUGAGUUCAGCAAGUGGGCUCAGGUGGACGUCCUGAAUGUCACCAGGUCUUACGCACCAGGCCAGAGUUACCAUUCCUUAGAGGGUCGGCUGAAGUUGGCGAUCCAGCCUCAGUCCCAGCAGCUACAUGUAGGAGAAGCCCUUCAGCUGGAGUGUGGAGCCGUGGGACGGCCCAUCCCUCGAUACCAGUGGCACAGAAAUGGAGUCCCGAUCCUCAACGGCACAAAGAGGAAACUCAUGAUUCCUCACGUGAUGCUGGAUCACCACGGCAGGUAUCGCUGUGAGAUCAGCAGCAGCUCUGAGAGAAUGUGGACUAAUGAAGUUGACGUUGUCAUAGCACCAAGGAUAUCAGUCCAGAUUACAGGGGCAACGGAGUGCUCUGAAGAUGAUUUCUAUGCCAUCGGAGGAGGUUGUAGUGAAUUAUUCCUGAAUAGUGUUCCAGAACAACUUUAUGCGACUGACAAAGUGGCCCUGCUGAUCGGCAACUUGUCCUACCGGAACCACCCGCAGCUCAAAGCUCCCAUGGUGGACGUGUACGACCUCACCAACCUCCUGCGGCAGCUAAACUUCAAGGUGGUUUCACUGCUGGACCUCACAGAGUCGGAGAUGAGAAACGCCGUUGACGAGUUCCUGUUGCUGCUUCACAAGGGAGUCUAUGGUCUGCUGUACUACGCCGGUCAUGGAUAUGAGAACUACGGCAACAGUUUCAUGGUGCCGGUAGACGCGCCAAACCCAUACCGGUCAGCCAACUGCUUAUGUGUGCAGAGCAUCCUCAAACUGAUGCAGGAGAAGGAAACGGACCUCAAUGUUUUUCUGCUGGACAUGUGCAGGAAGAGGAAUUUUCAUGACGACAGCACUCCAAACGUUGUCCUGAGGGUUACGGCCAACAUUGUCUUUGGAUACGCUACGUGCCAAGAUGCCGAGGCCUUUGAGCUGAGCUCUAGCGGCUUCACCAAUGGGGUGUUUGUCAAGUUUUUGAAGAAGCGACUGCUCGACAACGAGAAGAUCACCGUGGUGCUGGACCGAGUCGCUGAGGACAUGGGUCAGUUUGACGCCACGAAGGGGAAACAGGCUCUGGAGAUCCGCAGCAGCCUGUCAGAGAGGAGAGCAUUGACUGAUCCCAUUCAGCCCUGCGACAGCGCUGAUCUUGCUCAUGCUGACAGCCGACAGUGGGCAAAGGCUCACGAGCUCCCAGAGAGUAUGAGUCUUGACUUUGACUGCGGGGCUCAGAUCAAGUUGGGCUUCGCUGCAGAGUUCUCCAACGUGCUCGUCAUUUACACUCACAUCGUGAAGAAACCCGAGGACAUGUCUUUCUGCCAAGCUCACGUCACAGACUUCUCACAGGAACUUGAUGUGGAUCCGAAAGAGAUGAACAGAGAGACUCCAGAGGAGACGGGGAUCUACCUCUUGUCCAGCAGCCUGCCGCAGCACUGUCUCUACACCAGACUCAGCUCACUGCAGAAGCUCCGGGAGGAGUUGGUGUUCACAGUGUGCCUUCAGGUCACCUUCCCAGCCAUGGACGACGAUCCCGUCCACUGGACCAAAAGCAUCAACAUUGGAAAGCCGCUGAUCGCCCGACUGGACCUGCAUCGGGCAAUGCGGAGGAACAGCUGCCUGCAGACCUGCCUGAUGCCACACAGCCCGUCCCACAGCCCCUGUCACAGCCCCAGGCCUGAACACUGCCUCCAUCUCCAUCACGGGCUGUACCAGGCCCAGGACCACAGCCGCCUGUCCCCGCUGCACCACGCGUACGAGCAUCCUCAGGGUGCAGUGGGAGGCUCUGGAGACUCCUACUAUGAAAAUCUAAGCCGAUGUCACACAGCGUCACUUUCGAGCUCGCCAGGCAGGCCCAGCAUCCCCAUAGAGGCCAGUGACGACAUAAACGAGCUGCAGACCGUGUUCAUCAACAGUCUGCAGCUUCAGCAGCCGUGAUGCGGCUUCUCUAUAUCAAUAAUAUUUCUCAGAAGAAAGGCUAUACGUCUUAAAUGUUGUAUCUGGAAAACUGCUGCUAUCUCUCUUACAUGUUGUCAAAAUAUUUUUUAGAAAGUUUUAUUCUUAUAGCAUUAUGUAUACCAACAAGCUGUGUACUGGCAUUAUUCUUAAGAUUUAAAUUUUGCAAAUACAUUUUUAGAGAAAUAAAAAAGUGCACUUAAGCAAACUGACAAA